AUGUUGUUUCCAAGGAGUUUUGGAAUCACUUGGGAGCACGACACACGGUACUGGACUUGGCUUUCAAUAACAGAGCCAUCAGCAAGUGGCGAUGAGGAGAUCGAAGUGCCUGAGCUUGUAAAGGUGUGCUGGCUGACUAUACAUGGGAAACUAGUGAUAUCAAGACUCAGUCCUGGAGUAAAUUAUGAGGUUGUGUUUAUAGUGAUGCUUCAAGAAGAUGGUUAUGGAUGGGAAGUACCUGUGGAUCUAUGCCUAGUACUCCCAGAUGGAAAAAGACUGAUUCAGAAAGUGAACUUAGAAACAAUGCCGAAAUCACAGUGGAUCGAGAUUCACGUUGGAGAUUUCAAAACACCACACCAGCUUGGUGAUCAAGAAAAAGAAGUCAAUUUUAUUAUGUCAGAACACGAAAAGUUGAACUGGAAAAAAGGACUUGUUAUCGAAGAAGUCAUUAUUCGACCUAAGAAAUAA